GACACAUUUCUUUCAUAGAGCAACUAAUCAUCAAUCAUGUCUUCAAUAAAGAGUAUUUAUGGUAAAAGUGCCAAAGUCAAAGCUGAAUUGGAAUUGAAUGAUAAGGCGGUAUACCUAAGAGGAAUCAAUGAAUAUGAACGAAUGGAAGCGCCAGUUAGUUUAUUGAGAGGAAAUCUUAAAGUCGUUGUCAAAUCAUCACUUGUUAAUUCUAUUAAAACAAUUCAAAUCAGGUUCUUGGGAUUUUCAUCUGACGUUGUAUAUAUGAAAACACCAACAUAUCGUUCAUUAAGAGAGGUUGAAAGAAGAACAAUCAUUGAUGACUUUCAUGAAUUUGAAUUUGAUCCACUUGAUUUGAUGAAGAGCACAUACGCUUUCCCCUUCCAUUUCAUACUUGAACCUGAUCUCCCAGAAACAAUAUUCACUUCAUUGGGUCAUAGAAGAUACUGUGUUGAAGCCAAAAUCAUUUUUGAAGACAAUACAGAAAUUAGCACAAGUAAACCUGUUAGAAUCCUUAGAUGUCCAAUUGAAGGUUCUUUAC